AGCCAAACAAAACCUACACACAGAAACAAAAAAGUAAAAAAACAAAAACAAAAAAAUCACCAAAAAAAUAAAACCAACUAUUUUUUAGAGAGCGAAAACGAAAAAAUUACACAAAGGACUCUUGAUAAAGGGAGACUCGACAACGCGCUCAUGGCUGGCAUUUGCAGGGAGAUGUUGCAUUUUAGGGUUAAUUCGUGUCGUUUUGAUUGAGGGCAGGACGUUGAGAAGGGUUCGAAGCUUCAAAACCCUAGGAGCGAGAGAGAGGGAGAGGUAACGAGAGUCUUAAAAAGAGCGGGAACGUUUCAGGUGCUCCCCGGUGCUUUGCCCUAGCUCCCAAUUGUUCAACUCCGUAUCCCAAUUCAGGUAUUCAACAAUAUCUUCUUUUUGAAUUGAUGGGAGGGGCAAGCCUCUAGAUAUUUAGGUAGGGAUGCAUGGAUGUAACUCAGGAUCUGCUCUCCUAGUAAAUGCUGAGGUUGAUUCCAUGGGAGGGGUUGUUGAUGGCGGAGUCGGGAUUGGUGUCAAAACCUCUCCGCGCAGAGCUGCAAUUGAGAAGGCUCAAGCAGAGCUUAGGCAGGAGUAUGAUGUUCGAGAGGAAAGGAGAAGGGAACUAGAGUUUCUUGAGAAAGGUGGCAAUCCCCUGGAUUUCAAAUUUGGCAAUGCAGCUUCAGUUAGUGUCCAGUCGACUUCUCUCACUGAUCAGCAAGCAGAGCAUUUUGUUACCAGUGAAGCGAAAGGUAGCUUUGCACUGACUGCCUCACCUCAUGGUGAUUCCGUAGAGAGUAGUGGUAGACCAGGGGUUCGUGCAGUUUGUGAACCCAAUAGUGCUGAUAACCUCCUACUUUUUGAUGGUGAAAGUGAGUUGCCUGAAGGUGAAAGAAAGUCUAUGCAUCCUCGUAAGAGGAAUACUGUUGCUCCGUCAGAACAAUCUUCUCAGAUGGAUGGGACUCAAAAUGCCAAGGAAUCUGAAGAUUCUGCUAUUUUUCGCCCAUAUGCUCGAAGGAACAGGUCCAAAAUAAAUCGAGAUGGAGCUCGAUCAAGUUCGACGGAUAUGGUUCAGGGUCGAGGUGGUCAUGGCUCUUCUUUACCUGCUCGUGGAGCAUCAAAGGAUGUGAAGGCUUUGACAUCUGAAAUAAAUAACCAAAAGGACAAGAAUAAUCCCUCUGUUAAUACUGCAAAAUCUGCAACUUCAAAUGGUGAUUUGGCUUCAAAGGUGAUAACUUCUGAUAAUCAGUUGAAUAUGGAGUUGGAUGGUGGUCAGGCUGUGGAAGAUAUGACUGAGCAGUCAAAAGCUGAUCUAUCUGAAACCAAGGUUGAUGCUACAGCUUCCAAAAGCGUGACAGACGACCUGCCUAAUGAACCUGCUCCAGUGGAGGCUCAUAAAUCUCCAGUUAACUUGGCUUUUGAGGAACCUGAUCUUGUCAGAGGGAAGGAGCAGGUAGUUUCAACUGGUCUUGGAUGUCCCCCUGGUACAGGUGUGACAAAAGCUGAAAAUGAAAUUGGUUCUAAUCAGCUGAAUGGCUUUGGUGAUGCCAAAAGAGAUAGGAAAAACAUACCAAAUGAAGGACAAAAUAGCAGUGCAGCAAUAGGGUCAAAGGGAUUGGAUUCGGAGUCCUCUUGCACACAAAACAGCCUAAGCUUAGAUGUAAAUAAUGAUAAUGAUAUGUGUAUAAAUCCAAAAAAUGUUGAUUCUAAUGGAAAGCCCAUGGAACAAACGUCAGAAAUAGAGGAAUCACAAAACUUAGCUGUUGCUGAAUUGGCAAAAGAAAAGAAUGAGAUCAAGGGUGUUGAUAAUGCUGCUGUUCUCUGUGAUACUAAUACUUCUGUGAAUCAAAAUCACUCUGUUAAAGAUUCUUUUGUAAAAAUGGAGGAAGAAAUUAGAUCUGAAUUGCAAAAUGAGGUUAGUUGUCCUUCCAACAAUGAGGCGCAACAGAGCAGUCAUGCUGUAUCAGAAGCUGAUAGGAAAGUUUGUACUUUGUUGGGUGAUGAUGCCAACUCCAACAAGGAAAUUUUUUCUGCUAGUAGGCCUCAAGGCACAAUGGAUAACUCUACUUGUGAGAUUCCUCAGACGACUUUAUCAGGAAGAACCUCUAUUACUACUGCUGAUCCACAAACUAGUUCAGAUAAUCAUGUCAAAGUGGUGGACAAGGCACAUGAAGAUUCCAUCUUGGAAGAGGCACGGAUUAUAGAGGCUAAACGGAAAAGGAUUGCAGAGCUAUCUGUUGGUACAUUACCCUUGGAGAAUUGCCGAAAAUCUCACUGGGAUUUUGUCCUUGAGGAAAUGGCAUGGUUGGCAAAUGAUUUUGCUCAGGAGCGUCUUUGGAAAAUGACUGCUGCUGCUCAAAUAUGUCACCGUGUUGCUUUGACUUCACGAUUGAAAUUUGAAGAACAGAAUCAGUGUUGGAAACUCAAAAGAGUAGCUUUAACCCUUGCUAAUGCUGUCAUGGAGUUUUGGCAUUCAGCAGAGGUGCUUCUAAAUAGUAAGGAUGCAAGUCUUGGUCCAAAGAAAUGUGACCAUGAUUUGGUAAGGUCAAAGGUAAUUGAGGCCAGUGAAGUUUCUGAGAACAAGACUGCAGAACUUGAUAUGGAUACAAGUAAGGAGCAGCAGGCCCCUGGAGAGAACAAUGAACUAGCUAUUCGGGCAUAUGCACUCAGAUUUUUGAAAUAUACCAGCUCUCAUGUUCCAUCACUUCAAGCUGAAGCACCGGCAACACCCGACAGGAUAUCCGACUUGGGCAUUAUGGACAUUUCUUGGGAUGAACACCUAACAGAAGAAAGCCUCUUCUAUGCAGUUCCUUCAGGUGCUAUGGAAACCUACCGAAGAUCUAUUGAAUCUUAUUUGGUACAGACGGAGAAAACUGGGAGUAGUGUGCAGGAGGAGAUUGAAACUUCUGUUUAUGAUGCUGGAGCAGAGUUUGGAUAUCGCGAUUUUGUGUAUGAUGAGGAUGAAGGAGAGACCAGUACGUAUUAUUUGCCUGGGGCCUUUGAAGGUAGCAAAUCAUCAAAACUAAACCAGAAGAAGCGGAAGAACCCAAUGAAAUCGUAUCCUGCAAGACCAUAUGAAAUGGGUGCUGAUUUGCCAUAUGGAAACUGUGCACAGCAGUCCAUGUUGAUAGGAAAAAGGCCUGCCAGUAGCCUAAAUGUCGGUCCAAUUCCAACAAAACGUGUCCGCACUGGUUCCAGGCAGAGGGUUUUAAGUCCUUUUAGCAGUGCAGCUGCUGCUGGGGGUUUACAGGCACCGGCAAAAACAGAUGCUUCUAGUGGAGAUACUAAUUCUUUUCAGGAUGAUCAGAGUACUUUGCAUGGAGGCUUCCAGAUCCAGAAAAGCAUGGAGGUUGAGUCAAUUGCAGACUUUGAAAGGCAGCUACCAUAUGACUGUGCAGAAACACCUACAAAACCUAAAAAGAAGAAAAAGACCAAGAUUCCUGGUUCUGCGUAUGAUCAGGGUUGGCAGCUGGAGUCUACUGUUCAGAAUGAACAGAGGGAUUAUUCCAGAAAAAGACAGGACAGUCAUCAUUUUGAUUCUAAUGGAACCACUGGUUUAUAUGGGCAACAUAAUGCCAAGAAGCCAAAGAUAAUGAAGCAACAGCCAGAUAACUCAUUUGACAUCACUCCAAGUGGAUCUAUCCCUUCACCAGUAGGGUCCCAAAUGAGUAAUAUGUCCAAUCCCAGCAAAAUCAUUAGAUUAAUUCAUGGUCGUGACAGGGGUAGAAAAGCCAAAACACCUAAGAUGUCUACUGGUCAGCCAGGUUCUGGUAGUCCAUGGUCGCUAUUUGAAGAUCAGGCACUUGUUGUCCUUGUACAUGACAUGGGUCCAAAUUGGGAGCUUGUAAGUGAUGCCAUCAACAGUACUAUUCAAUUUAAGUGCAUAUUCCGCAAGCCUAAAGAGUGUAAGGAACGCCACAAAGUUUUAAUGGAUAGGAGUGGGGAUGGUGCUGACAGUGCUGAUGAUUCAGGUUCUUCUCAGUCAUAUCCAUCUACGUUGCCUGGCAUUCCAAAGGGAAGUGCCAGACAGUUGUUUCAACGUUUGCAGGGGCCAAUGGAAGAGGAUACUCUUAAGUCUCAUUUUGAGAAAAUUAUACUUAUUGGCAAGAAACAGCACUUCCGUCGGAGUCAGCAUGAUAACCAGGAUCCAAAGCAGAUAGUGCCAGUCCACAAUUCUCAUGUUAUUGCUCUUUCGCAAGUUUGCCCGAAUAACCUUAAUGGAGGGGUUCUAACGCCUCUUGAUCUUUGUGAUGCCACUUCAUCAAGCCAAGAUGUUCUACACCUUGGAUAUCAAGCUUCUCAUGCUAGUGGUUUAGCAAUAUCGAAUCAAGGAGCUGUGGGAUCAAUGCUUCCUGCCUCUGGAGCAAAUUCCUCACUGCAGGGAUCUUCUGGCAUGGUUCUCGGCAGUAAUUUGCCAUCGCCAUCUGCCCCACUCAAUGCAUCUGUCAGGGAUGGUAGAUACGGUGUUCCAAGAACAUCUUUGCCAGCUGAUGAGCAGCAUAGAAUGCAAUAUAAUCAAAUGUUAUCUGGCAGGAAUAUUCAGCAGUCCAACUUGUCUGUCCCUGGGGCUAUUUCUGGAUCAGAUCGUGGGGUUCGUAUGAUACCUGGUGGAAACGGUUUGGGCAUGAUGUGUGGGAUGAAUAGAAGCAUGCCAAUGUCAAGGCCAGGCUUCCAAGGAAUAGCAUCAUCAGCAAUGCUGAAUUCUGGCAGCAUGCUCUCCUCCAAUAUGGUGGGAAUACCAACCCCUGUGAAUAUGCACUCUGGACCAGGUUCUGGUCAAGGAAACUCAGUGUUGAGACCACGUGACACCGUGCACAUGAUGCGACCUGGCCACAAUCCAGAGCAUCAAAGGCAAUUGAUGGUGCCUGAGCUCCAGAUGCAGGCUCAAGGGAACAGCCAGGGGAUUUCUGCUUUCAAUGGGUUGAGUUCUGCUUACCCUAAUCAAUCGACUGCACCACCUGUUCAAUCAUAUCCUGGUCACCCCCAGCAGCAGCAGCAGCAGCAGCAGCAUCCAAUGUCUCCACAGCAGUCCCAUGGACUGAGCAACUCUCAUGCUCAUCUUCAGGGUUCUAAUCAUGCUACUGGGUCACAGCAGCAAGCCUACGCCAUGCGCCUUGCUAAAGAAAGGCAAAUGCAGCAGCACCAGCAGCGUCUUAUGCAGCAGCAGCAGCACCAGCACCAGCAACAGCCACAGCAACAGCAACAGCAACAGAAACAGUUUGCUGCAUCAAGUGCUUUGAUGCCACACGUCCAACCUCAGACCCAACUUCCCAUAUCUUCUCUUCAGAACAGUUCCCAGAUUCAAUCUCAACCUUCAACUCAGCCAGUAUCACUCCCCCCACUAACACCAUCUUCGCCAAUGACUCCUAUGUCAUUGCAGCACCAACAGAAACACCACUUGGCCUCUCACGGGCUUGGUAGGAACCCCCAACCUGGUACUAGUGGGUUGACCAAUCAGAUAGGCAAGCAUCGUCAGCGGCAGUCCCAGCAGCAGCAACAGCAGUUUCAACAAUCUGGCAGGCACCACCCUCAGCAACGACAGCAAACACAGUCUCAACAGCAAGCUAAGCUUUUGAAGGGAGUGGGAAGAGGGAACAUGAUGGUGCAUCAGAAUCUUUCUGUUGAUCCUGCUCAUCUGAAUGGCCUUACCAUGGCCCCUGGCAACCAAGCUGCUGAGAAAGGAGAGCAGAUGAUGCACUUGAUGCAAGGUCAAGGCUUGUAUUCUGGGUCUGGUAUGAGCCCUGUCCAACCAUCAAAACCUCUAGUUUCAUCUCAACCUUUGAAUCAUUCCCAGCCGCAGCAGAAGCUAUUUUCUGGGGCAACGCCCCCUUCUACAAAGCAACUCCAGCAGAUGGCUUCUCAUUCUGAUAGUGGCACUCACGGCCAGGUUUCAACAGUGUCUUCUGGUCAUACACUUUCAGCUGUGCAUCAAUCUGUCCUGCCAGCAGCUAUGGGUCCGAACCACCAGCCAUUGCAGCUACAGUCGCAGCCACACCAAAAGCAAGUUAAUCAAAACCAACCUCCCAUUCAAAGGAUGCUUCAACAGAAUCGACAAGUGAAUUCUGAUCCACCCAGCAAAUCUCAAGCUGAGCCAGCUCAAGUGGACCAACAGCCCAUGAGCAAUGCUUCACAGAUGGGUACAACCACAACCAUGGCAAUGCCUCAGGCUGGCGGUGAUUCAGCAAACAACUUGGUACCAGUUGUUUCUCAGUGGAAAUCAUCAGAACCAGUGUAUGAUCCUGGUAUGCCAAAUGUAGCCACUCAAGUGGGAUCCAGAGGGAGCCCUCCUCUUACAAAUUCUGCUGGUAGUGAUCCAGUACCUUCUGUCAGUCAAGGGUUAGGGCAGAGACAAUUAUCAGGUGGCUUACCCCCUCAUGGGAAUAAUGCUGGGGCACAGUGGCCGCAACAGCCACAGAUACAACAAUCUUCCACACCGCCACCAUCUCAACAACACCAGGAUCAAUUACAACAAGAUCAUCGUAAUUCACCCCCACAACAGUUGCCAUUGCAGCAGCAGUCACUACAGCAAACUCCGCAUCUGCAAGCAGUAAAGGGCAGCUUGUAUCACAGGCCUUCCAAUUCUAAGCUGGAAUGAAGCAAUCUAGUGGAUGGAGCAGUUCCAACAGCCUUGGGUCCUGUAUGGUUGGGUUUGCAUGCCCUUGUAACAGCAGUGUACAGAUGAAGCUGAUUACUCCAUUAGGGCAUUGCAAUGUGGAAAGAGGUGGUUGCUAUUUGCAGGUUAGAAAUUCACAGAAAAAAUGGACUUUUUUUUUUUCUACUUUUUUUUUUGGGUUUUUGGGGGAUUAUGUAUAUUACCACUGGUUUAGAGUAUUGGGAAGAUAGAGACAGAUAUAGAGGCAUUUGUACAGGGGUCUCAUCUCCCUUAUUUUGUACUUUCUUCCCCGCCUUUUCCAUGGUCUACCUGCUCAUGUGCAGAGGGGCCCUAUUUCUUUUUGCCCCACUAGAUUAGUGCAUGUAUUAUUACCCUUUCAGUUCAAGUGGGUAGCAAUCAUUGUUAUGGGCAAAUGCCUUCGGAAAUUUUGUGAAUAUAAGGUUUCUGGUGUUCAGUGGAAUUGGAAUGAUCAGCAUGUGUCACUGCCAUGGACACCCAAUGAAUUAUUGUAAUUUGUAAGAGUCUUAAGAUUUUCAUAAUGCAGCAACUUUCAAUCGCUGAUCCGUUUUCAUUUCCACAUCCUGCUGGUUCUUUUAGUCACAAGCCUUCCAACCUUGAUGCCCGAUACAUUGUGCUUUUGACAUCAAGUAUUGUAGUGGAUGUAUAACAUUGGUCCUAACCUGUUUUGAAGUUUUAAUAUCCAAAAUGUGGUGGGAUCUGAUCUGAAAUUCACUUUGGACCUUUGAUUUGUUUCAAAUUUCAGUCUGAGAAGAGGCCAACUUUUGAUGGGGACUCCAGAAAGUAGUAUUCAAUGUCAAUGUAAAAAAUUUUCUGACGAUGCUGGCAUGGUAUUUGAUCUUUAUGGGUAAUUAUUCGUGCUAUGUUUUACUUGGCCCCUGCAACUACACUUGUGUUCUAGUGCAGAUUAUUUCCUGAAUUAGCUAUAAAUUAUGUAUAAUGCGAAGUUAACAGUUUCACUUUUUGCUU